ACACAUCAGGGCCAGGAACUCUCGGCCGGGCCCCUCCGGGGCUCACUGCACUAUAGGAAAUAAAUGCAACUCUUGCAAUUUUCUUGAAAACUGAAAGACUAAUUUUAAAUUAGAUCACAUUUCUCUGGAAGUAAUCAGCCCCACAGUUGGUGCUACCCCCUUGGUAAGGUCUGGUAGGCCAUUGGGGUAGGGUCUUCCUCAAACUCUUCAGAACCUUGCAGGAUCCAUCCUUAUGAGAAAGUGUAGAUAUUGGUUGUCACAAAAAUCAUUACUUUACAAUAGAAUUGCCUUUUUCUCAUAUUUUCUUUUUCCUUCCCUCCUUCCUGCCUGCUUUCCUUUCUUUUUUGUUUGUUUUUCUUUUUCUUUCUUUCUUUCUUUUUUUUUUUUCCGGAGCUGAGGACUGAACCCCUUGUUUUUCUUUAUGUAGCCCUGGCUAUCCUGGAAUUUAGAAAUCCACCUGCCUCUGCCUCCUAAGUGCUGGGAUUAAAGGUAUGUGCCACCACUGCCUAGCAACACAUUGUCAUUCUUCAGAUGAAAAAAGAGAACAGUGUGGCUAGGUAGCUUACAUUAGAAGCAUUUGAGGUAGACACUGGUUAAAUGGGUUUAUAGCUUUCAAUAAACAUUGAUUCUCCUCAUGGUAGAAGUGAAAAUAGGACCUGAAGGCAAGACAUGAAAGAGAAUGAUAGAAUUUCAUGCAUUGGAAAGGUUAUGUGGGAUCAAGUUGGGUCUUGAGGUUGGGAUCUGAAGCAGAGUCUGAGCUGGCUAAGGUCCCAGGCUAGUGUUCUUGAAGGUCUGUUUUGGUGCUCAGGACCACUGCUUUGGUAUUAAAAAGGAACAGAGCAGGUGUGUCAGGACAGUUGAUACCUCAUCACAAUUCUAGGCCUGCCCUAGGUUACCUGUAUGACACAGUUUUUUUUUUUUCUUUUACAGGAACCUACUUUUGUGUGGUGUGUUGGGAACCAGGAUGGGUGGUGGAGCAUGGCUCCUCAUAGUCAAUGGAGUGUUGUGGUACCUGAGCUGGUUUCUAGGCAAAGAUAAGACUUUAGAACUCAGAAUGAUAAUGUGGACAAGCAGAUCCCAGCCUCUGAAUCUCCCAGUGGUAGACACACUGCUCUGGAAUACAGAUCUCUCAGCAGACUAUGAGAUUUGACCACCAUCCUGCUCCUGCUCAUGGCCUUGGCCUGGAGUGUUACAUCUGAGGUGGCAUCUUGAAGGUCUCCAGGUGAAGGUGUAGUACAGCCCUGGAAGCCAGCUAGAUACCUGGCAGCUCUUAUAGCCACAUCCUGCAAGGAAAAACCCAGACUCCUGUGAAGGCAGAGCCCAGACAAGGAUGUAUGUGUGGGUUCAGCAGCCCACAGCACUUCUGCUUCUGGGGCUCACAUUUGGAGUUGCAGCCAGGCUCAACUGUGUUGAAGAUACCUACCCCAGUGGUCACAGGUGCUGUCAUGAGUGCCAGCCAGGCAAUGGUAUGGUGAGCCGCUGUGAUGGCACCAGGGACACUGUAUGCCACCCAUGUGAACCUGGCUUCUACAAUGAGGCAAUCAAUUAUGAAAACUGCAAGCAGUGUACACAGUGCAACCAACGAAGUGGGAGUGAACUCAAGCAGAAUUGCACACCUACUCAAGAUACUGUCUGCCAGUGCAGGCCAGGCACCCAGCCUCGACAAGACAGCAGCCACAAGCCUGGAGUUGACUGUGUUCCCUGCCCUCCUGGCCACUUUUCUCCAGGCAACAACCAGGCCUGCAAGCCCUGGACCAAUUGUACCCUAUCUGGGAAGCAGACCCGGCACCCAGCCAGUACCAGCUUGGACACAGUCUGUGAGGACAGAAGCAUCCCAGCCACACCACUCUGGGAGACCCAGAGCCCUACAUCAAGGCCAACCACUGUCCAGUCCACCACAGUCUGGCCCAGGACUUCUCAGUUGCCCUCUACAUCCACCUUGGUGGCUCCUCGGGGCCCUGCAUUUGCUGGUUUCUUGGGCCUAGGCCUGGGCCUGCUGGCUCCCUUGACUGUUCUGCUGGCCUUGUACCUACUCCGAAAGGCUUGGAGGUUGCCUGAUACUCCCAAACCCUACUGGGAAAACAGCUUCAGGAUCCCUAUCCAGGAGGAACAGACUGACACACACUUUACUCUGGCCAAGAUCUGAACAGUACCUCAGGAGUGGGUUUUAUGGAGCAUGGGCAACCCAUAUCCUGGUGCCUGCCAGUACCCUCCACACCGUUCUAGGUGCUGGGCUGGCUCUGGGCUCUCCUAUGUAUGCUAUGCAUACUACCUGCCUGGUGGUACCACCAAUAAACAUGCUAGCAACUGUGA